CAAACAUGGCAGAGCUUCACAUUCCUGUCAGAAUUAAUUACCUCUCCUGUCGGAUCUGCAGGAACCUUCUCAGGAAUCCUGCAACCAUCCCUUGUGGACACAACUUCUGCAUAGGUUGUAUCGAGGGCCACUGGGACGAGGGGCAGAGGAACCUUAGCUGCCCGGAAUGUGGAAAGAUCUUUCCCUCCAGACCAAAUUUGAUCAGGAACACAACUCUGACUGAUGUGCUGAGAGACACAGAGAGGAGUAUGAGCAGGAAAAGAAAAUCGCAAGAAUCAGCUGAGUCCCUGAGAGACCAGAGAACAGCAGACACUUUAGGGAAUGGUUUGUGUUGGCUUCACAAAACUCCACAGGAUAUUUACUGCAUCACAGAUGAGAAGAUCAUAUGUGCUCUGUGUGCCUCAGACAAGCACAAUGGACACAUCAUUGGUUUGGUGAAGGAAGAGCGGAGAAGGAAACAGGAGGAGCUGAGGACCAUGCAAACAAGGCUGAGGGAGAGACUUCAGGAGCAGCAGAAGCAGCAGGAGAAUAUGAAGAAGACGUUUGAUCAAAUUGAGAAGGAGGCCAACAAAAUGAUGGAGGACUGUGAAACGAUCAUAGUUAGAGCCAUUGAUCAUCUUCAGAGACAUUGCAUGUCUAUGAGGGAGAUGAUUGAAACUCAAGCAAAGACAGUGGAAGAUCAGAUCGACAUCACGCUUCAAAACCUUGAGACAAAGAUGGAGGAAAUUAAAAAGAUGGAUGCUGAGCUUGAUCGCCUUGCAGAGAGUGAAAACAGCGUGCUUUUUCUGCAGGAAUGGAUCAACAUGCAAAGCAUAUGUGAGAAAGACCUUCUUUCCUUCAGCGAGGGAUCAAAGGAUCCACUUUUCUCUUUUAAAGUUACAAAGAGAGCAAUAGAUCAGCUUGGAGAGAAGCUGGGAGACUUCUGUGACCAACAACUUCCCUUAAUCUUUCAAACUUGCUUUAAUGAUCAAGAGGAAUCAGUGGAAAAGAGGGAUGCAGAGGAUCAGCAGCAGAAACGUGAAUCUAGUGCUGGUCUCUCUGAAGGCAACAUGGGUAAGAAGAACAUGGAGCCUAAAACCAGAGAAGAUUUUCUACAGUAUGCCUGUGAGCUCUCUCUGGACCCUGCAACAGCUCAUAGGGACCUGAUCAUCUCUGAUGGAGACAAAGAGGUGAAGCUGUCCCCCCAUGGGUGCCAAAUCCCAUCUGCAUGUUUUCCAGAGAGGUUCAUCAGUCGACGCCAGGUGAUGUGCAGGGAGGGUCUGCAGGCUGAGCGCUGCUACUAUGAAGUGGAGGUCAAGGGAGGCAAGGCAGAGAUCGCUCUUGCUUACAAAGGGUUGGAUAGGAAAAGUAGUACAAAAAAGUCAGCUUUUGGAGCCAACGAAAAGUCCUGGAGUCUAGAUCUCUCUAAGUCCUACUCUGUGAGCCACAAAUCAGAGAGCAUCCUCCUCAAACAAAGGCCCAGCAGUAAAAAAAUAGGUGUUUAUCUAGAAUUCAAGGAGGGAAGUCUGUCUUUCUUUGAGGUGUCGGACAGCAUGACAUUUCUGUACAAACUGAAGGCCAAUUUCACAGAGCCGCUGUAUCCAGGAUUCUGGCUGGAUGAGAAAUGCUGCAUUAGGAUCUGUGAUUUAAAAUGACACAGCUGAUUUUAACAGAGACUGAUCACCUAGGCUAAGUGUGACCUGACCUGUAGCUUCAUGAUAGAUGGUUUUGUUUAUGCUCCCUGAUGACUCUGAGAAAUGGUCUAAUUUAAAGGACCCAAACAAUUAAAAAGAAUAAAGUUAUGUAAACUUUAUCUGUUUUACAUUGUGUUCUUUAAUGCACAGAAUCAAAAGCAUUUUAAAUGAAAAAUGAUUCUGUUCUACUAUGACCGACAGUUGGAAUGAUCUGCAUUUUUUAAUCUUAUCUUGCACCUGUAAUGUCUAAAUGUUGUAUUUUUAUAUUUGAUCUGUUUUUUAAAUGCAAUUGCUUGUUUGCAUCUUGUACUUUGUGCUGCUGUUGAACUUGGUCAAAACAAAAACAUGAAAAAAUCCUGAACAAAAUAGAAUAAUGUCACUGACUAUUGUUACUUUCCUUUUUUCUGUAUUUUCUGUAUGUUCUUUGUUCUGUUUUUUUUUUUGAUUCAUUUAUUUGUGUGUUGUUUUCUGGGUGGUUUUGUUUUCCACAGCUAAAGGCCUUGUUAUGGCCAAACCUGUUAAGUCUUUGAGAGAGAGAGAGAAGCAGGGGAAUGACUCUCAAAGGCUGCACUGUUAUCUGAUUGCAUUAAAACAACCUUUUCCUCA